AUAUGCGCUUUAGGGUAUAAUGUCGCCGAAUCCGAGACCAACACGUUCUGGGCUUCUGACUUGAUGCAUCGCUUAUACCACAUGCCGGCGUUCGGAGAGACUCAUGUCGGCCAUUAUUCAGAGGAUUACCAAGGCGUGCUUGAACUAGCAGAGCACAAUUCAACAUUCUCGACUAGAGACAGCGAUGCCCUGCAGUAUUUUGCUUUGGAAGUGUACGCAUUUGACAUUGCCGUCCCCGGAGUCGGUUGCGCUGGACCGAACAGCACCACAGCAGAUGGCAGCGCUACACCGACGCAAGAGCCUGCAUCGGCAUCCACCACGACUUCGGCGGCUGAAGUGAGUGAU